UGCCUCUGUACAAUGUACAUAUACGAUUGUCGUCAUUUGUUUUGCGAGAUAGAAACUGGAUUUACUUGUGGCAUGAUUGGCGUCCAAGAAUAACACCGUGUUAUAUAAAAUACCAACAUAUCUAAUGCAAAUUAUCAACUUUACAAAAGCGCAGCUUUUGUUGAAAGGAUACGGAUCGUGUGACUAAAGGAUGUACCCUCAUACCACUGUGUCUACAUCCUACCUUUAUACUUCUGACAAUUUGAAUAUCUGAAAACAGGGACAACCUGACCAAAUACCCGUCAACAAUUCUUCUCACCAAGGAUAACCACAUAUCUAUAUGCCAAUAAAACACAAAGUGUGCCAAGUUUAAUUUUUUCAAAACUUGAACACCGAACAACAUACACCAAUGUCACAGAAUUCGACGCCGAGGUUAACAAUAACGUUAGUGCUGUUGUUGACGGUGACGAAAACAGCCGACGGUGCCAAGGCCUUCAGGAACUUCUGGUACUCGCCCUACGGCCUGCCCGAAUAUGGCCAGAGCGUGAGUCAGGGCUCCAACUUAGGUCUCCUUACAAUGGUGCAGUGUUCCCGUUUUUGCUCUGACGACGAUUUGUGCAAUGCCUUCCAGUUCCACAAGACGGAUCCUUCGUCCAAGAAAGGCAUUUGCUACACGUUUAAAUCACUCACCUACAACACUAUCAUGACCCCCGUGCCACAACAAAAGUACUUCGAGAAGAGGGAUUGUUUCGAGUUUCGUCACUUCACGUCUGGCAUCAUGUACACGACCGAGCUCCGUCUCAUACUCUUCGAGGGCGCUGUGACACAUCUCUUUAAUAUCAUUGUCAAUGGCCGACGUCUAGUAUUUGAGGGCUUUCAAUCUAAACAUCAUACUGAUAUCUUUCCUGGACUAGUCGGAACAGUGGAUGGAGCUUUUCAAGGGCCCCUCGAUUACACCUACAUUAUACAAGGAGAUCAAGUCAAAUGCUUCUCUUCGCUUUAUCCAAACAUCACCAAAUUCGAGGCCUGUCCCUCGGGCGUGCCACCUCAGAACAUCCUGGCCCCCUAUUUCUUCAAUAACACGCAUUUGGACGCCAUCGUCGCGCUGGACAACACCACUGACAACGUCCACAUCAUCAGUGACAACACCGUCUACGAAAUGAAUUGGUCUGGUAGCGAAUACACGGUGACCGGAAGUUACCCAAUCACCGACACCGGAUCCGGAAACAUCUGGGCAAAGGCACCUGAGAAUGUCACUGCGUUGUUACGUAUGAGUUGGCCGGAUGAGUACCUCUUUAUUGAAGACUAUAAAUUUGUCACUUACUCUGCUGUUUCCAAAAGCCCCACUGGUAUUUUUUUCUUCUGUAAAUAGCUUUCCAUGAAAGAUGGUUAAGCCCCGUUUGGUGUAAUGAUGUUUGAGGGUUCUGGAAUUACCAAGUUGUCUAAGGAGCGGCUUGCCACCAUGAAGAGUAUCAUCCCUUAGAUACUUGGACCCGCUGGUUACUGGUUCGAAAUCAAUAUUCGUCCUUGAUAUUAUCUUUUAUCCGUCAGAACCGUAUCAGUGCUCGUAGAUGCCACAAGAGGGAUGCACGCCAAACCUGCCUCAAGAUGAACUUAUCACACAUGUUGAACUGACACUCCUUUUAAAGCAGCAAUAAUUCAAACUUUCUCACAACAUAUGUAGUGAUGUGUUUGAUAUGUUGAAAUAAACACGA